GGCGGGCGAGGGGCGCCGCGCUCCCGCGGACGGGCAUGGCUCCGCCCCUGGCGCCCGGCCGGGACCGCGCGGGCCGGGAGGAUGAGGACGGUUGCGAGGCGCGGGCGGACCGCAAGGCCCGGAAGCCCCUGGUGGAGAAGAAGCGGCGCGCGCGGAUCAACGAGAGUCUGCAGGAGCUGCGGCUGCUGCUGGCGGGCGCCGAGGUGCAGGCCAAGCUGGAGAACGCCGAGGUGCUGGAGCUGACGGUGCGGCGCGUCCAGGGCGCGCUGCGGGGCCGGGCGCGCGAGCGGGAGCAGCUGCAGGCCGAAGCCAGCGAGCGCUUCGCCGCGGGCUACAUCCAGUGCAUGCAUGAGGUGCACACGUUCGUGUCCACGUGCCAGGCCAUCGAUGCCACCGUCGCCGCCGAGCUCCUGAACCACCUGCUGGAGUCCAUGCCGCUGCGUGAGGGCAGCAGCUUCCGGGAUCUGCUAGGAGACGCACUGGCCGGGCCGCCCGGAGCCCCUGGGCGCAGUGGUUGGCCUGCGGGAGGGGCCCCGGGGUCCCCGAUGCCCAGCCCCCCAGGGUCCGGGGACGAACUGUGCUCUGACCUGGAGGAGGUCCCUGAGGCUGAACCGAGCCGGGCACCUGCUGAGGGGCCGGACUCGGUGCCUGCAGCCCUGGGAAGCCUGACCGCCUCCCGAAUAGCCCAGAGUGUCUGGAGGCCUUGGUGACCAACGCCAGCCAGGGUCUUCAGGGGGUGGGCCCGGCCUUCCCGUGUCUACUCCCUUCUCCCUGGGGUUCGCAUGUGGUGGGACAGGGCCCUAGGUGUCUCCCAGAUCUGCCCUCCCCAUUCCUCCAACGGACGGCUUGCAGGCAGCCCGGGAGGACCAGCCCAGUCAGGUCCCCAGCCCUGUUUCCUGAGGAAGUAACAUUUAUGGACCCUGCUCUGGGGUGGGUGGCGGGUGGGAGCUAGGGCAGGAGGAAGAAUCCUGUAGAGCCACCAGGUCUCUCCCAGGUUCACCCUUCCCCGCCUUCUCUGGCACUGUUCGGGGUCUGAAGGCAGGGGUGACAGCAGUGGUGCUGGAUGCUGGUGUCCCAGGGAGGGGCACUCAGGCCCUGGCAGCUCUGGGCUAAACAGAAGCUUGAAUUUGCCACUUCAGUGGGAGACAAGGGGAGGCAGUUGCGUUCCGCAGCACUGCUCCAAGCUGCCAGAAAGAAGCGAGGCUCUGUCCAUCUUGACUGUAGCACACUUGAGGUUGUGUAUUUGGUUGCCAUCAAAUGUUACAAUUUUAUUAAAUAAAGACUUUUG